CAAAAAACCAAUUUCGUGGGUGGGGUCUUUGUGCUUUGAUAUAAAUUGAUAGCAAUAGUGAAACGAAGACAUUGUACAUCCAGUGUUUUGUGAUCUACAAACAAAAGUUCUUUUACCUAAGACAAAAUGUUCAAGUUCGUCGUCAUCCUCGCUACCAUCUCCUGCGCUCUGGCCGCCCCAAAAGCUGAUCCAUCGGUCGCUCUAGCGGCUCCCGUGAUAGCCCCAGCAGUAGUUACCGCCCAAAGCUCACAAGUAAUCGCUAGAAACUACAAUGCUUUAGCAGCCCCAGUAGUAGCAGCCGCCCCUUACGUGAGAGCCGCCCCCUUAGUUGCUCCUGCUCCUAUUGUGAGAGCUGCUGCUCCUGUUUUGGCUGCACCCGCUCCUUACGUAGCUGGACCUGCUCCCUACGUAGCUGGACCAGCUCCUUACUUAGCUGCUUCUGCUCCUUUGUUAGCUAGUCCUUACUUAGCUAACCCUUAUGCUGCUCCCUUAGUGCUGUAGGAUGGCCUCGUAGUGAACCAAUUUUGUUGUGAUUAUAUUUUGUAUGAUGUGCAAUGUUUUGUAAAUAUUAAAGAAAUCAUUGUUUUGUUGCAAAAA